UCGAUCAGGCUUAUCCUUAGGGAACUGCUAGCACAGAAAGAGAUAGUAGUAGACUGUAGACUUCAGCUUUCUCUUUCAUUGAUGUUCUGAAAAGAGUAUUUUUAAAAGCACCGAGCACUUAUUUUAUAAUUUAAAAUAGAAUCAUCUGGAAGUCAGCUCUUUUUUUAAAAAAAAUAUAUAUAUAAUAAUCCACUGCAUAUAUUUUUAUUUUUAUUAUUGCAGCAUCAUUUUAAGAAUCCACACCCAAAGGAGAGACAGAUAAAGGGAAGAAACAGACACUUCAUGUUGGAAGAACAGAACAAGAUAUCUGGUCAGAAUUCACAUCAGAAAGUGCAACAUUGCAUUUCUCCUACAGAAACAUGUAAAGAGGAAACCUGAAACAUAAUGAAGAUUGGAUGUUUGCAAUCAGGGAAUUAAAGUCAUUGUAUGCACCGUACAACUGCGGCAGUAUUACACAUGUGCUGCUAAAGAGUGUGCAUCUAAACAUUUCCUAUUUGAAAAGCCCAGUCCAGAGGAGUUACAGAUUGGAAUUAAUUCUGCAAAAUUUCAUUCAGCAUCCUCGUAGCAUUUGUGACUACGGAUAGGAGACCACAUUCCCUGUCUAGGAAAUGGCAUUCCUCGUCAGAUGCUAUAGUAAUUGUCUCCAACCAUGGGUAUCAAAACUCCCUGCAGACCUGUCCAAGAUGCAUCUUACUGAUAACCCACAUGGCCAGGUCAACCACUUUCCCUCAAGUCAGUCACGAUGCAGCAUUGCCAGCGACUCUGGAAGCAGCAGCUUGUCAGACAUCUACCAGGCAACAGAAAGUGAAAUGGGAGAUGUGGACCUAACAGGGUUACCAGAAGCUCCUGUGGAUUCUGAAGAUGAAGAAGAGGAAGAUGAAGACAUUGACAGAACUUCAGACACAUUGUUGGGUCGAGAUAUUGUGAGGGAAUGCCUUGAGAAGGAUCCUGCAGACCGAACAGAUGAUGACAUUGAGCAACUGAUGGAGUUUAUGCAUCAACUUCCUGCCUUUGUUAACAUGACUAUGUCUGUGAGACGGAAGCUUUGCUCAGUGAUGAUAUUUGAAGUGGUGGAACAAGCUGGCGCUAUUAUUCUUUAUGAUGGUCAAGAACUGGACUCCUGGUAUGUCAUUCUGAAUGGCACCAUUGAGAUAAACCACUGUGAUGGAAGGACUGAAAACCUCUGCAUGGGAAACAGUUUUGGGAUAAAUCCAUCUUUGCAUAAGCAGUAUAUGAAUGGUGUCAUAAAAACAAAAGUGGAUGACUGCCAGUUUGUAUGCAUAGCACAGCAAGACUACUGGAGAAUAUUGAACCAUGUGGAGAAGAAUACUCACAAAGUUAAAGUAAAAGGAGAGAUUGUUAUGGUUAAUGAACAUCGAGAAUUGGAUCGCAGUGGCACCAGAAAAGGACACAUUGUGAUACAGGGAACACCUGAAAGACUUAUCUCACACUUGAUUGAAGAGCACUCGAUUGUUGACCCAACAUAUAUAGAAGAUUUCCUUCUAACAUACAGAACGUUCCUUCCAAGCCCACUGGAAGUUGGAGACAAGCUUUUGGAAUGGUUUCAGUUAGAUUGUCUUCGGGACAAGGUAACCCGGGUUGUACUGCUUUGGGUGAACAAUCAUUUCAAUGAUUUUGAAGGGAAUCCUGCUAUGACCACGUUUCUGGAGGAAUUUGAAAAGAAUCUUGAAAAUACGAACAUGAAAGGACACCUCCGGCUGUUAAACAUCGCAUGCGCUGCAAAGGCUAAGUGGAGACAAGUCACAUUGCUUAAGCCAUCUCGGGAAUCACCACUAUGCUUCACUUUUCUUGGAGGAUGUGAUAAAGGGUUUGGUAUUUUUGUGGACUCUGUUGAAGCUUCAAGCAGAGCUGCAGAAGCUGGUUUAAAGCGUGGAGAUCAGAUUAUGGAAGUUAACGGACAGAAUUUUGAGACUAUCACCUAUACAAAAGCAAUGGAAAUCUUAACAAAUAACACUCAUCUGUCAAUUACAGUGAAAACCAAUAUUUUUGUGUUUAAGGAAUUGCUCAGCAGAACUGGAAAGGAGUCAAAGAAUGGCAUGCCUCAUACCUCAAAAGUGUCAGAGAAGAAAAACAACAGACAUUCCAUUCCCAGUAUGCCUGGCGAUAUGGAACAGAUUUUUCCACGGGAAAAGUCAAAUAAAAAGAUCAAAGCUAACACAGUGUCUGGCAGCAGGAAUAGGAUCCAGAAGAUUUUGGACAAAACACGUUUUAGUAUAUUACCAGCUAAGCCAUUCAGUGAUAGCAGUGUUACACAGUCUCAAGAUGACAGUAUUGUUGGCACUAGACAGUCCAGGCACAGUGUCGCUAUCAUGCCAAUUCCGGGCACCCUUUCUUCCAGCAGUCCUGACCUGUUACAGCCCACAUCAAGCAUGCUGGAUUUUUCUAAUCCUACAGCUGCUGGAUUUUAUUACAUCCCUGACCAAGUUAUACGAGUCUUUAAAGCAGACCAGCAAAGUUGUUACAUCAUAAUCAGCAAAGACACUACUGCAAAAGAAGUGGUGAGCCACGCACUACAUGAAUUCAGUCUUACCGUUUCCUUAGACAUCUACUCUCUCUGCGAGGUUUCGGUCAGCCCAGAAGGAGUUAUUAAACAGAGACGGCUUCCAGAUCAGUUCUCAAAACUAGCUGACAGGAUUCAGCUAAACGGGAGAUAUUACUUGAAGAACAAUAUGGAGACUGAAACCUUGUGCUCAGAUGAGGACGCUCAAGAACUAUUUAGAGAGAGUGUCAUAUCUCUCCUCCAGCUCAGCACUAUUGAGGUAGCAGCACAGCUGUCCAUAAGGGACUUUGAACUUUUCCGCAACAUUGAGCCCACAGAGUACAUUGACAACCUCUUCAAACUUGAUUCUAAAACCGGUAACUCUCAUCUAAAACAGUUUGAGGAGGUGAUAAAUCAAGAGACUUUUUGGGUGGCUUCCGAGAUCUUAAAAGAGUCAAAUCAACUGAAAAGAAUGAAAAUUGUGAAAUAUUUCAUCAAAAUUGCCCUCCACUGCAGGGAGUGCAAGAAUUUUAACUCCAUGUUUGCUAUUAUAAGAGGAGGCGCAGCUGGGCAGGAAAUCAUUGCUACUCAGUGGUCACAAUGGUGUAAGCCAGGGCUGGCCAAACCGGUCCUCGAGAUCUACCAACAGUUCAUGUUUUCUAGGCCUCCAGGAGAUCUAUGCUUUUUUUUCUUGUGCUUUUCUGUCCAAACACAUGCUUCAAUGUCUGUGGCUCUUGCUUGCAGGAAGAAGAGGUGGAGAAGUCUAGGAUCACUGAGUCAAGGAAGCACAAACUCAAAUAUGAUAGAUGUUCAAGGUGGUGCUCACAAAAAACGAUCAAGGCGGAGUUCCCUUCUCAAUGCCAAGAAGUUGUAUGAGGACGCUCAAAUGGCCAGGAAGGUGAAGCAAUAUCUCUCCAAUCUGAUUGUGGAAACAGAUGAAGAGAAGUUUCAAGUCAUGUCAUUGCAGUGUGAACCAGCCUACAGCACUUUGACCAAAAAUUUAAGUGAGAAAAGAUGUGCAAAAUCCGACAUGUCUCCAGUUCUUGUGAGGUCCGCAAGCCAAACAGCAAAAUCUCACAUACAUCAACAAAACAGAAUGAGCCAAGUUCUACAAGUUCCUGCAGUAAACUUAUAUCCCGUUCGCAAAAAAGGACCUACCAAGGAAAAUAUGCCAUGCAGUUAUGCCCUCCUACCAUCAAGUAAAGCUGAUAAAUUAUCCGACUCUAGCCACAGUGAGAUCUCAUCACAGUCAAGCAUAGUCAGCAACAACUCUGUGGAUUCCAUGUCAUUGGCUCUGCAGGAUGAAAGGUGUUUGCCUCAAGCGAAUGUGGAUUCCUUGGUUAUAUUGGAAAAAAGCAUUUCACGCGUACCAGCCACUGAGGAUAAUCAGCUGUGUAGGAGUUGCCUGCACACCAGAUACCCUACAAACUCAAAUGUUACCUCUUGUGCUAGCAGUGAAGCAGCGUCUAAUGACCACAUUAUAGUAGAGUCUAUGGACAGCGGCUGCAGCAGUUGGACAUCAUGUUCCAGCAGUUCUCAUGACAAUUUCCAAGCUUUCCAAAGUCAAAAGGGAUUGGAUCUUUUAAGCACUUAUCGCCAUAUGCAUAUGGAUGUCCUAAUUGCUGAAGUUGAAUCGAGUGACUGUUGUACAGACGAUAUAUAUGGUGUAGAGUGUAUUAGGAAUUCUAAAGACAGCAUGGCACUCAUCCAAUCACAUCAUAACUGGACAUCAUUAAGUUCUGCGUCAGAUACCAAUGAGGCAAACUAUGGAACAAUUAAGCGUAAAAUAAUGGAUCUUACAGCUGAGAAAAUAGAACUUUCGGACAAACAAUUAUCUGAAGUGCUCUACCAAAGUGUCACAUCUACUACUGAAGAAGGUCUAAUAGAAACUGUACACACACAGGCCCAAGGGGAGCAAGAGGGGCCAGUGGAGAAGGAGCCAGAUGGAGAGGAGACAGGCCCAUCAAAGCAGGGGCCCAUAGAGUCAGAGGAUGCAGGCUCAUCAGAAGAGUCAGGGAUGGAAAGGACGCUGGAGGAGACACAGGAGACUACUGGUGAUGUUGCUGCACUUUUGGAGGCUGACACACCGCUACAAUCUCUUUAGCAUUUGUAAGUGGACCACCUUCCAGGUGCACCUCUGUGCAGAGCCCAAUAUCCAGAGAAGGACAGCAUUUAAAUAUUUGUUAUAAUUUAAAAAAAAAUGUAAAUAAAUAUUAUUUAUUUGUUCA